AUGGAGUUCUGGACGAGGGGAGAGAAAUUGGGAGAAGGUUCGUUUGGGUUUGUAUCCAUCGCCAGAAGCACCAGCCCCCACCAACAAGCCAGCGGCCUUCCGGCGUUGAUGGCAGUAAAAUCAGCGAAAGAAUCAGAUUCGAAAUCUCUGUCAAGGGAGAAGGAUCUGCUCGACAAAUUCAAUGGAUGCGCGUCAAUUCUGCGCUGCUUUCGUGAAGAUUACACCACCGAGAACGGCCAACAACUCUACAAUAUUCUGCUGGAGUACGCAUCUGGCGGCUGCCUGAUCGACCGCAUGGCCACCGGAAGAAAAGUCAUGCCAGAGAAGAUGGUUAGCCACUACACAAAGUCAAUUCUCACCGCACUGAGUCACAUCCACAAACUCGGGUACGUCCAUUGCGAUGUAAAGCCACACAACAUCCUACUUUUCAAACACACCCACGAUGAUGGAGAUUGGGAAGAAGAAGCAAAGCUUGCAGAUUUUGGGAGUUGUGUGAGAUUCGCCGACGAGGGCAACAAUGGUGAUUUCAGGGGGACCGUAUUGUACGCGGCGCCGGAGUCAAUAUCUAGGCAAAUAUACGUGCCGGAGUCGGAUGUGUGGUCGUUAGGGUGCACUGUUCUACAUAUGUUGACCGGGAAUUCGCCUUGGACUUUCGACAAACACGUGACGGCCAAAGAUGUUCUAUUCAAGAUUGGUUGCAGCGAUGCUAUUCCGGAAAUUCCGACAACCAAGAAGAUUUCCAAAGAGGCUCAAGAUUUUCUAAAGAGGUGCUUCAUUAAGGAUCCGACUGCCAGGUGGACAGCCGACAUGCUUCUUAAUCAUCCGUUCAUCAAAAACCACAACCGCCACCACCGCCGCCACCAUCACCACGGCCCUUUGUCGUCAAGAUUUUCGCACGGGAUUCAUUCAUUAGUGCCUCACUGUUUUCACAUACCAAAAAGUGCUACUGUCCAUGCAUGUUGA